AUGAAUUCACUAUUAUUAAUUAUUUCUAUAUUUUCCGUCACAUAUGCGUCGAUUUCACCAGAUAACGUAUUCUUGGAUAAGAACGUCGGAGAAUUCCGCGAGCUAUUGAUUGACCCGAAAGCUGGAGCGCUUGUUGUUGGUGCCGAAGGGGCGAUUUUCCGUUUGUGGGCGUAUAAUGUGAACGAUACUGGAGAGAAUGUGUAUGCGAAAAAGACUCUUGAAUUGAGUGAAUCGGAAGAAUCAGAAUGUCGCAGCACAGCGAGCGACGAGCGUCUUUGUCGUCCAUCAACCCGAUUCCUUUCGUUUGCCAACAAUAUGGAAUCGAUAUUCGUGUGCUCGUCGGUCGGCAUGCGUCCAGAGAUCCGAAUGCUCGAUGCGCUUUCGCUCAAUGACCAACAAGAGCCGCGAACUGAAAUCGGAAUUUGUGUUGUCGAUCCGACAUUCAACGCGACGACAGUUCUCGUCGAGACGGGAAAUCCAGAAGACGUUGUGUCGAUCUACUCAGGAAUUCGCACCGGAAUGGGCGGCGAGAAUCAUUUGAUCUACCGGCCGCCGUUGAUGAAGGCCGGAAGGCAAUUACACGCGAGUAUCCGAACGAUCUACUCCGAUAAUAAAUGGCUGAAUGAACCCCAGUUUGUUGGAUCUUUCGAUGUUGGACAACAUGUCUACUUCUUCUUCAGAGAAAUUGCUCAUGACAACGCGUUUGGCGAGAGAAUUGUACACAGUCGAGUGGCGAGAGUUUGCAAGAAAGACAUUGGAGGAAGAAAUGUUCUUCGUCAGGUUUGGACGUCCUUCAUCAAAGCGAGACUGAAUUGCUCGGUUUCCGCAAAUUAUCCAUUCUACUUUGAUCACAUUCAAAACGUUGAACGCGUCGAUAAGAAUGGAGAAACUUUCUUCUAUGCGACAUUCAGUACAUCUGAAACAGCAUUCACAUCAUCGGCGGUCUGCAUGUUCUCCCUUGGAUCUAUCAAUCAUGUUUUGAACAAUGGUCUUCUUCUUGAGGAAUCUGCUACUGGAUUUUAUUCAACGAAUGCUGAAGAAACUCCAACGCACCGCCCGGGAACGUGCUCUUCAAAUUCCCAUUCCAUAUCUGACAAUGAUUUGCACUUUGCCAAAACGCAUUUGUUGAUUUCUGAUGCGAUUUCUGGUGGAAUUCCGAUUCUUCCGUUACGCGACGUCGUUUAUUCGCACAUUUCUGUCGACUCGCUGCCAAAUCAGAAUGUCCUUUUCAUUUUUGAUCAUAAUGGCCGGAAAAUGUGGAAAAUUUCGCAUUGGAAGGAAGGAAAUGAAUGGAAAUGGAAUUUGAUUGAGCAGAGAAAAUUGGCGAUUGAUUCAAAAAUCAAUGAUGUCGUAUUACUACCAUCAGAAUUCUUUUUCGUUUCAUCGAAAUCGCAAGUUUCUCAAUUCUCGGUAUCCCGAUGCGAUUCGUUCCCGUCAUGUGCAUUGUGCACUCUGGAUCCAUAUUGUAGCUGGAAUGCGGUGAACUCGAAAUGCAAACAGAAACAGAAAUCGCACGAGAAGAGCGUCGGAUGGAUAUCGUCGUCAUGGGCGGGGCGAAUUUCUCCAGAAUGCAGCGCCGUUGAGAAAAUCGCAGUGAAAGACAUGUAUUUGGGAGACGGAAUUCGAUUGGAAGGUGCUCGAGAUGGAAUCUGGCAGAAAGAUGGAAUUGAACUUGAAUCGAAUGAUCGACUCACAUUGACAUCAGACGGUCAUCUCAUCAUGCUCAAUAUUCAGCCGACCGAUUCAGGGACUUACGAAUGUGCUCACAACAAUGCCAUUGUUGUGAGAUAUCGGAUUGUUGUUCAUGAAAACUGCGCUCGACCGACUUCUGUUGCAGAAUAUCGAUCGUGUCAGAGGGAAUGGUGCAAAAAGGCGGAUGCUUAUAAAGCAGCUCUCAAUAUUUGGAGCGAAGGCAACAAGAAAAAUAUUCAAUGUAUUGCAAACGGUUCUUCUCAUGGUGUUCACUAA